CAGCCUAAAGUUACUAGAAAGGUUAAGAAGGUGGCUCCUGCCCCUUAUACCACCUCCAAACCUGCCCCUAAAAAGGUUGUAAACCCUCUUAUUGAAAAGAGACCCAGGAAUUUUGGCAUCGGUGAGUUGGGAUUUUAAAUAUUUGAUAGUGUGAAAUGCCUGGUCAUACAUAACCAAAUGUUGCCUGGUUAACUAAUUGAGUAGGUUGCUGAGCUGAGGCUGCGGGCUAAAAUGCUGCCUGGUCUACCGAGGUUGUAGAAAAAAAUUGUUCAGGUUAUUCUUGUUUCCAGACGUGUGUGGGUGCAUAUGAUUGUAUCUUUUUUUAAUAGAGAGAUAAAGAAUCAUGUUUAUUGCAAACAGCAAACAUCAAAUCUUACCACAUGACUAAGUUUUCCCUCAUUCUACCAGAAGAGGCUUUCUUUUGCCAGCUCAAUUUUGGGGCACUUGAAAAAGGCUCGAGAAUUGAGGAACAUCUUUGUUGAGCAUGUGCCAUAUGUUGCUAGGAAACAGUUACUAACCCAGACGUAAUAGCCCUGAGCUUGGUCAGCGCAGGGGUAAUGUUUAGAUGCAUGUUUGUGUGUGUGUGUGUGUCUGAGAGAGAGAGAGAGAGAGAGAGAGAGAUUGAGUUUGAGUGAUAGUGAGAGUGUGUGUGAGCAAGUUUAUGUGGUGUAUGUAUGUAUUUGUAUGUUCGAUCUUGGUGCAGGCUGUCUGAUGGAGUGCAAUAGAAAAAUGUACAUCAUGGAGCGUUGCCUUCAGGGCAGAUUAUGCCGUAAGAGAGGUGUAUUAUGCAAUAAAUUAUGAAAAUUGAGCAAUUUCUUCAGGGUCAUUUAGUCUUUUAAAACUGGGUUUCAAAGUUUUGGUUAACAGAUAAGUUGAUCCUAGAAGAAUAAAAUAACAUUGGUAAUCAAAGGUUAUAGAUGUCUUGUAAGGUUUUGGUUAGUGUUAAAUCACCUAAAGAUAACUUUUAAUAUCUGGAAAAUCUUUACUGAAGUUGAUUGUAUUUUAUAUGAAUUAUGUAUUUUUGUCAAGCUGUGUGAAAUCGCUCCAUCCCAUAAAAACUAAAGCCCUGUUUGUGCUGGUUAUGUUUGAAAAUUUUUUUAAAGUCUUGUGAACAAAGCAUGUGAAAAAGAUUUUUUUUUUAUUCUUUGAGACAAAAUAACUCCUAAACAUUAUUUAUUUCCUCCUCGACAUUUAGGUGGUGAUAUUCAGCCAAAACGUGACUUGAGCAGAUUUGUCAAAUGGCCAAAGUACAUCAGAUUGCAAAGGCAGAAGACCAUUCUUUAUCAACGUUUGAAAGUUCCACCUUCAAUUAACCAGUUUACACAGACACUGGACAAACAGACUGGUAUGUUGGCGAGUUGCCAAAUGGAACUCUUUUUUUAGAAAUCCUCAUUGUCUUUUGAUGAUAAUGCACUUAUGGAUAUUUGUUACAUUUGUUUUCUACAAAAACCAAGUUACAAAGCAGUACACUGUAGUAGUUAUGGGCAUACAGUCAACUCUCUCUUAAUGGACACCUAGUGGUGGUCCCUGCUGUUUUGCUGUCAUUUUACUGUAACUAUACUCCCUAUAAGAUGGACACCUCUCUAAGACAGACAACAGACACUUAUGAAGUGCUUUAUGUAAUAAAAAAUACCUCAAAACGGAAAUGAAGGUGCUCUAAAUGGCGCUAAAUUGCAGUUAAGGGGAAGUAAAUUACAUAACCAAAUACAGUACGCGUCUCCUUGUACAUGUAUGUAAAUCAGACAUUUGGCAGCUCGUAUCUUGUCAGCUUAUAAAUGCAAAUGAAAAAUGAAUCCAUCCAUACAUCAUUUUCGACUGUAUGUAUACAUUAACUUGAAAUCUCAAGUUAUCCACCACAGUUUGUGGUAGGCUUAACUUUAACUCCUUUGCCUUUGUAAAUGGCUAUCUGCUGGAGUGGGUUGUUUCAGUUACAUUCUAUUUUGAAACUAAAAAUGAUAUUUUGUAGUGUUAUUGAAAUGUUUGACAGCAUUAGUUUUGAUAUUUCUACUGCAAAACUGUGCUCUAAGAAAAAUUGAAGGGAGUCCAGUGCUCUUAACCUGUGAAAUCCAGGGUGCCCAGUUUAUGAUUUCUAUGAAAAGUCUAAGAUUUUCUAGUUGCCCGGGAGCAAGAGUUUAGCACCACAGGUCACCAGGUAAUUCCAGAGCACAGCCUUAUACUGAAGGUUUUCAGUAAACCUUUCAUCCUACAAUGACUUAUCACCCAUGAUGUUGAUUGUUGUCUUGUAGCCACUCAGCUUUUCAAACUGAUGCACAAAUACCGUCCAGAGACAAAGGCUGAGAAGAAAGCACGUCUCACUGCUAAAGCUGAAAAGAAAGCCGAGGGAAAGGAAGAACCCGCUGGCAAGAAGCCAGUUGUGAUUAAGUAUGGUCUUAACCAUGUCACUGCUCUUGUGGAAAACAAGAAAGCACAACUGGUCGUCAUUGCUCAUGAUGUUGACCCAAUUGAGGUACUGUCAAAAAAGUGUAUUCACUAAAGUUGGUUAGUAGUUAACGUUAAAACAUCUUGUGUUGUAUAAAGCAGUGAAUGAGGUGACCCUCAAUUUUUUGUCUUCGGUCAACAGUAAAUAUAUUGAUUCUAUUUUACAGCUUGUUGUAUGGCUUCCAGCUCUGUGCAGAAAGAUGGGUGUUCCAUACUGCAUCGUGAAGGGCAAAGCAAGGUCAGUGAUGAUGUUGGUUGUGGUCUGUUCUAGUAUGCUUUUGGUUUUAAGUAUCUGCUACAGUGUUAGUUUUCUGUUCAGACAUCAACUGGGGCCUAGCCUUCUUGUUGUUUUCUGUUAGUUUAAUGACUGGGAGAGAAUGCAGCACACCGUUUCAGGAGGGAAAUACACAUUUAAUUUACCAUGCAACUUUUGUAUCUUACAUACUUAAGUUUUCAUAGCAAACUGAGUGCUUGGUUAGUUGUUAUGAUGCAUUUUGUAAUCCUGUUAUUGUCACUGCAAAACACUUGUCACACUUAAGCACUUAGGAAAGAAAACAGUUCAUGUGCAUGGGAAAUGCCAGGAUUGUAUCUGUUGUUUCUGGGUUGGAAUCAUAGAUUCUAAAGCACUUACCAGUUGGUGGUGACUUCCCAGAAGUAAUGAUCUGGAUCAAUUAGCACCUGGCAUUUAUCUCACUCAGUCUAUUGAUUUUAGCAUUAGAUGUUAGCAGUUAUGUCCAGCAGUGUGUUUUAUGCAAAUUGCUCCUGUUCAGUUGCUAGGCUAGGAAGGAUGUGCUUUUAUACUUGGUAAGUUGUUGAGGGUCAGUUCUCAUUGUACUUAUUAUUUGAAUGGCUAGAUUGGGUAAGGUGGUUCACAAGAAGACAGCCACAGCACUUUGUUUCACAGCUGUGCGCCCAGAGGACAAGAAUAACUUUGCCAACCUCUGUGAAGCUGUUAAAACAAACUACAAUGAGAGAUUUGAUGAGAUCCGCAAACAUUGGGGAGGAGGAAUCAUGGGACAUAAAUCACAGGCAGCCCAGCUUAAGCUUGAAAAGGCCAAGAUCAAGGAGAUGAAAGUCUAA